GACAUCGACCGAACAUAAUCGAUAUGUUUGGAGUGGGACCAGACGGCCCACCUUGCGGCCAACAUGCAUGCUCAUCUUGUACCCGGUCUUCGGCCAGCCGCGGUCACCGGCGCGCAAGCGGGCUCUGGAGACGGAGACGACGACGGCCACCGCGCGCGUGCCGCUCGGGCGGCUUCUGCUCGUGGACGCGUUCCGAGCAGAAGCGGAGCAGCAGCAGCCGGACGGCGGGGACAAGCGGGCAAAGACGUGCUACUGUUCGUGGUGCCCCGGGUCGCCGGCUGCGGUGGCAGCGUCAGCGUCAUCCCCGGCGCGCUGCCGGAAGAGCAGCUCCACGGGGUCGGUCCUCCGGUGGAGCCAGCGGCUCCUCGGCCGGAGCCACAGCGACGGCAAGGAGAAGUUCGUCUUCUUGGACGCGAGCCCCUCCCGCUCCAGGCGCAAGGGGGUCAGGGGCGGCGGCCCCGAGGGUGCCGGUGGCGUCGGCGGCCACGCGCACGUCUGGAGCUCCUACGCGCACAAGGGCGGUGGCAACGAUGGGCGCCGGAGGUCGUUCCUCCCGUACAGGCAGGACCUCGUCGGGCUCUUCGCCAACGCCACCGCGUUCCGGCGGACCUACCACCCCUUCUGACGCAUCGACGUACUGGAUCCGUAGAGCAUUUGAUCUGCAUGCAUGCUGUUGUUUGAGUUUGUACUUUGCUUGUUUGCUUAUCAUCAUCAUCAUCAGUUUGUAUUCGUAACCGGAGCGUGUAAAGUCAAUUUCAUAUGUUCCUUUUAACUUUGGUUCAGUACUGCUACUUACCUUGUGAAUUAUACUCCGUUGGUUUAUGAAGCAACUAACCAGAUAGGAGCCUUGCUUCGGUAGA